CUACUACAUACCUAUGUUACAAAGCUUAUUCAUUUGAAGUAAGUUAUUAAUGGUCUAUUGUUUAGUGAUGUUGUCUGAAUUCCAUUGAUAUGUUUUGUGCAUUUAGUACCAUCUGAAUGACAUCUCCUCUUGGAACACUAGCACAGUCCUUAUUUACUUGUUUGUUGGAAUUUCUUUUCGAGGCGGAUGUUAUAUCCAAAAAAUCAUCAACGAUCCUUCAAACUCCAUGCUGGUCUACGAAUUACAUCUAUUAUUUCAUGGUUAAUAGUCUAUUAUCUGUAAUCCGAAAUACAAUAUUCAUAAUAUACCCACAUAAUGAUUCAACAUGCAAACCAUCUGAGCUGCACCAUAGUGAACGAAAUGUUAAUUCAAUAAUACAAUGUAUGUUUUGAAAACUGAUGACCACAUUACAUAAAUAUGAUUUAUCAAUGAAUGUGAGAGCUACAAUUAAACAUUAAGAAUUUCAUAAGACGGUAAACACUGUGAAGUACAAUUAAUCCAAAACAACAAACGGGCUAGAAUAAAAUGAAUUCGUCACAUUUUGUAGUUUCUCAUCAGCUGCUCAUAACCAUAUCUCUAUUGAAAUGUAACGUUACGGUGAGAUAUUAUGUGGAACAAUCGACAUCGAUGCUGGAAAGAAUUCGAAUACCAUGAGUCGAUUUAAGUUAGACCACCAAUGAAAACGUGAAUGCAUCGGACGACCAUAUCGUACUAGUAUUGAAUACCUCAGUAGUGCGCAUUCACGAUGCUGCACUCCGUACUUGAACCCAGUACCUUCGGUCUCUCACGCAAACGCAUAACAUCCAGACCACUGAGCCAGCAUCCAACUAUGUUAGUGUCUAGAUUCAAUCGAUCUAUGAUCAUGCGCAACCCUUCAUUCGUUGUAUGAAGUGUAUAAUUGUCUCACAAUCGACAUGAAUUGUACUCCACUGAUCACUUCUUUCCACUAGAGCUCUAGGAAAUUCAAAUCGAUCUAUUCACUAAUGAGUACACGAUUGUUAUCUAAAAGCGGAUUUAUGAAGAAUGUAUCAACGUUGAUUGUGAACAGUUGUGAUAUCAUUUCUACAAGUUGAAUAAUAACAGAAAAUGCCUUUAUGAUUUAUUUAAGUAGAAGAUACAAAGGAAUUGAAAACGAGUAAUCAAAUCACUUAUUGAUUUUCACAGUUAAAUUCAUGAGUAGAUGUAAUGUAGAUCACUGUCUCUAACCUGGAUGCAGUAGACAAACUUUUUGUCGCAGUAUGGGACUCCUCAGCAGUGCACAUCCACUGAAAAUAUAAUUAAAGCACGGACAGUAACGAAAAAUAGUAAUUCACGUAAUACCUCACAUUAAUGCUACAUUCCAAUACAUAUGUGGUUGUCAGCGGCUGAUGAGAAACCACAAAAUAUGAUGAAAGCGUUUUAUUCUGCUUCACUUUUUUGGCCUGAAUAAUUUAAGCGGAUUAGUCCUUGAUUAAUUAUAACGAACAAUCCUUAUGCUGGGCAAAGUCCUAUGAAGUUGAUGUUACUGAAUGUAAAUUAAAAUAAUACAGACAAAUUCAAGUGUAUCCAACUAAGAGCAGUGGAGAACAUUCUUGUGAAUUCAUGUAAAACGUAAUGUAUAUAUUCGGUGGAAUAUGAUUAACAAUGAAUUCAGGAAGUAUGCUUCGUUCAAAAUGGUACUCGUCAGCCGGAUGUACCUGCAUUCCAGCGUCGAUGUUCUUUCUGCAUCUUGUAUCCCAUAUCGUUUGCUUCAAACUCCAUUGCGUUAUGCAUUUAUCUACUGAGUUCAAACAGCCGCUUAUUUGUGCAACAUGUAUGAGUUUCAGUUCAAUUUGAAAUUGUUCGAAUUAUUCCACGGUUGAAAUUUGUUCAGUCUUGAUUGGCAGAUAAUUUAACCUGUGCGAACUGCCCCAAAAUAGGCAUGAUUCCAUAAUUUCAUAUAGAAUUGAUCGAGUGUGGUUAGUGGUGGAAUCCAGGAUUUGUUUUUCGACCUGUUUGGUAUGUUAGUACAUUCAACUAAGAAUGAUCAAACUUCCAUUAAGACAUCAACAGCAGGAUUAUGCGAUCCAUUACCAUCUAAUUGUGUAUAUUGGAAACAUUUAACUUGAAAAAAGGAAACAUUAUAAAGUGGACAUAGUAAAUCUAUUGAAUUUUCAGGUGGUAAUUUCAUUCGUCAAUUUCUCAGGUAGAUCACUAAUCAUUCAGAAGCGUUGAAUUUGUUUAUCAUAUAAGUUUUAAAACUUCGCUUUGUUUAUGCGUUUCUAUGUCAUGCAAUGACAAAUAAAUGAUAGUAAUCUAUUCAUGUGAUAAACAAGUGGCUUAUAUGAAAUCGAUCAUUUUAAACUAAUCUGGAAACUAGUUAGUUAGACGAAACAACAGCCUAAAAAUUAAUUAUUGACGAGUUUUAUACACAUUCCAUGUCAUCGAGUAGUAUGGUGUUUGGUUUACUUACUUACUUACUUACGCCUGUUAAUCCUAAUGGAGCAUAGGCCGCCGACCAGCGUUCUCCAACCCACUCUGUUCUGGGCCUUCUUAUGGUGUUUGGUUACUAAUGAUAAAUCAUUACUGUCUUUCAUUUAAAAUGUACGGAACGCCAACUAAGGUCUUUUAAUAAAACAUAGAAUUGAAGUCUCAUCGUAGUGUGAAGUGAAUGUAAAAAGACUUUCUCAAAAUUAAAGUCAUCACAUAAUUUAAAGUCUCAUGUUACCCGCAUUCAUCAGCUGUUAUCUUUAUCCAACCAUCACAUGUGUUCUUCAAGUUUCUAUGCACGAAUCCCGUCUAUGUGAUCAUGGGUGCGCACUGCUGACGUGUCCCAUAUUUGAAUGAAUCAGUUGUCCAAUGGACCCAAGUUUGUGAUGGUUGCCUACAUUAGAUGGACUUAUGAAUUCAAGUGUUAAACUCAGUAAUUGGUUUAAUUGCUCGUUUUCAAUUCCUUUAUAUCUUUUACUUAAAUAAAUCAUAAAAGCGUUUUCUGUUAUUAUUCAACUUUUAGAAAUGAUAUCACAACUGGUCACAAUGAACGUUGCUCUAGUUCUUUUAUUCACAUUCAAUAUGAUGAAGCUUGAAGCAUACACAUAUUUAGCAUCAAUAAAAUUUGAUGACUCUGGAGAAAUGUACAUCAGUUUGGGCAAUGUGAAUAUUUCAUUGAGCUCAGAUUAUGAAUUAACAAUAAGUGAUAGAGACUGUACAAAAACACUUUCUUUGAAGCCACCAACCGAAGAAGAGAACAUUUUUAAACAUGGAUACCGUCCAGGAUCUUCCUUAUGCAAAAGCUGGUUCCUUCUGAAACGACCUCACAAAAAGAGAAGAACUGAGUGUUUGUUAUCUGAUUUACUCUUUUAAUCAGAAUUUCCAUAAUAAACGCUUUUUAAUAAAUUGUAGUGUUUAGCACUAUUUGCUUUG